AUGUCGAUCACUGACCGUCGGAAUCCGAGUGCGGACAAGAAGCUGUUCUGGCUAUGCCCGUUUUGGCAGAGGAGAAGAAGCACCACCUCAUCUUCUUCCUCUUCAACACAGAAUCCAAGUCAAAAUUACCGUAGCAGCCGACAUGGUCAUCGGAAUACGGAUAUCUCCGGCGUUCCCAAGCCGUCCUCCGCCAUGACUGUGUCUUCCGUCGCGAGAUCACUUCUUCCGGCUCGCCGUCGUCUCCGAUUAGAUCCUUCAAGUUAUCUGUAUUUCCCUUAUGAACCUGGUAAACAAGUGCGAAGUGCAAUCAAGCUUAAGAAUACUAGCAAAUCUCAUACUGCAUUUAAGUUCCAAACAACUGCACCAAAAAGUUGUUACAUGCGUCCACCUGGUGGUGUUUUGGCACCAGGAGAGAGCGUCUUUGCAACUGUGUUUAAGUUUGUGGAACACCCAGAGAACAAUGAAAAACAGCAGUUGGGCCAGAAGAACAAGGUUAAGUUUAAGAUUAUGAGCCUGAAAGUGAAAGCAGGAGUAGAGUAUGUGCCUGAGUUGUUUGAUGAGCAAAAGGAUCAAGUAGCAGUGGAGCAGGUUCUUCGGGUCAUUUUCAUUGAUCCAGACCGCCCAAGUGCUGCACUGGAGAAACUGAAGCGUCAAUUGGAUGAAGCUGAAGCUGCAGUUGAAGUAAGAAAGAAGCCUCCACCAGAGACAGGGCCUCGCGUGGUCGGUGAGGGUCUUGUCAUAGACGAAUGGAAGGAGAGAAGAGAGAAGUACCUUGCUCGACAACAAGUUGAAGCGGAGGUAACGUCGUCCUAA